AUGUCAUUUUUUGUCGACAUUGUAACAGAAGAUUCAUUUUACGAAAAUCUAACACUCGGGGUUGUUAAAUUACUUGAAGCGAGCCCAUGUGUUAAAAAUGUUAAAGUUGAAAGACAAAGUGCUUGUGAGAGAAGUGCCAUUUCGAGUUGGGAGCAGAGACACUGCUGUUUGUUACCAGAUGAUUUAAAACGUUUCUACGCUUCAACUGAUGGGUUUUCACUCAAUUGGAGUCUUGAUAUUGCUGGUGAAGAGUUUCCUGUCGGUAGGAUGACGAUAAAUGAAUUUGCUGGAUUGAAAAGAUUUAUCGGAAGCAAAGAGCAACAGCAACAGACUGAAAUUGAAUCGAAAUCACAAGAUGAUAGUGAGAUUAUUCCGUCAUUGGGUGGCCGAUGCAAACUUUUUGAAAUAGAUCAAUGUGGUGGAAUAGCUAAAAUUUUUUUGGUUUAUCACAUUAGACCGGAUUGGGAUGCAGAACCCGGGAUUUGGCUCUAUAACGAUGACAAUGCCGGUGGAAACUGGUAUCACCUAUCGGACACUUUUAUCAAGUACUUUAGAAUGAUGUUGGUACACUUGGGAUUACCUCUCUGGCAAUACUGUGUGGCUGGACUCGAUCUACCUACGUGGGUUGAACAAACCUACUAUUUAGUUGGACCUCAUUUAUUACCUACCGGUGGAGAAAGAGAAGAAAGAGAAGAAAGAGAAGAAAGAGAAAAACAAACCACCGAAACUAUUUCUGCUACAAUAUUUAAAGAUGCUCCUUAUAAUACUAUUGAUCCUUCUAUUUUUAAAACUCGCGAUAAUAAACAAAGAAACUCUAGAAAAAAAUAA